CAGCAUUCUACCCCAUCUCCCGCCCUCCUCCAGUCUAUGCCAGCAUUCUACCCCAUCUCCCGCCCUCCUCCAGUCUAUGCCAGCGCUUGGUUCACUGCUGCCAUGUGAGGUCCCGCGCCGCACUUCCCCAAGUCCCGUCCCCGGCGUCUCCCUCACUCCUUGCCCCAUCUUGUGCACCGCCCUUGCUCGCUCCCGAUUUAGUAGUGAGCCGAGAGGGGAGGGUUUAUAAGGCCCGGGCUGAGGGCUGGGGGAGGUGGCAGGAUCGCAUCUUGAGUCCGGAGUCAGCUGAGCAGUGCGCAGCUCUAGAGCACAGCCGUCUGCGGCGCCGAGUCCUGGGAUUGCAGGGUGAGCGGCACCCUUGGACCAUUGGCCGCUGGCACUAGCCGGAGUUGUGCACAAGAAGUGUAAAGUGCUGGAAGUGCUUGCGGUGAGGACCCCCACAGAAGCCCGGACACCAGCCCCGCUGCAGGUACUGUAGUAUGACUGCGCUGGAGUUUGGGGGGCGCUGCCGGAGGCCGGUGAUGGACGCGCUGCCCUCCUUCACAUUGGCGCGGUUACUGCUCGUGCUGUCUUUGGUGACACUUAUCAUGUCGGAGGCAAAGCGGCUCCAGUUAGCUGCCCUCCUGCUUUUUAGGAAAAGCCCGAUCAGCAGCUGGUAACGGCGGCUCUCCACGUGUGCGGUCCCGGCUGCCACCCUGUGGGCACCGUGUGAUGUGUACCCGGGGAGGUGGGAUCUGCGGGCGGUGUCACUGGAGUUUGGGGGUGGAGGGGAAGAAGUUCACUUGUUUACACUCCUGUGGCUGCUCGGCGGCCCCUCUCCCCUCACGGCUCCCCUCCCUCCUGAGUCACCAGCCGGGGGGAAACUGUCAGCACGUCUGGAGGAGAAGGGGAGGCUCCUCGUGGCCAAUGGCUUAUUCUGAGGGAAUUCAAUGGCUGUCCCGGCUGCCAAGUCUCCUCAGGAGGGAGGAGUGAGAGGAGGGCACAGGAGCCGCUGCCAUCACAUACACAAGAGCACGUGAAAGGCGAGGCUCAAAACAAACGUGUGCUGUGCCCCCGGAUGGAAUGGGGAACAGGGCAGUAAGGCCACAAGUCGAGGUGCCCAGGGAAGUACCCUUCAGCAGGAUGUGAAAACAUGGUGUCUGCACAGGUAUUAAGACUGAUAUUAAUACACAGAUGGCUUUAUCUGGAUGUCCAGAUGCUUUUUUACAUCCCUACUACCAGGACAAUGUGGAACAGACCGCUGCAUGCCCACAGAGAGGCUUGGUGGACACUUCCUUUACAUCUAAACAUAUAUCAUUAAAUCCAGAUGAUGAUGUUGACCUAGAGGCUCUGGUUAAUGAUAUGAAUUCUUCGCUGGACAGUUUAUAUUCAACAUGCAGCAGAGUGAGUGAAACUGUGCCCCUUCUAAAAAAUGGUCAGCUUAACCGAAGCCCGCUUUCAAACUCAGGAACCAAUACCCUUCCGUCCAUGCCACAGAGACAGAAAAUGCAGCGAUCCCAACCUAUGCAAAUUCAAGCAGUAAGGCGCCUUCAAGAGGAACAACUGCGCACAUCCUCUUUACCAGCAAUUCCAAAUCCUUUUCCAGAGCUUUGUACACCUGCAAGCUCCCCAGUACUUGCACCAGGAUCUUUACCUCAGAAUCAACCUGCCAGCAAAAGGAGUGAGGAGUUGAUCUCGGGGGUACUGUCGUGGAGACUCCCAGAAAAGGAAUUAUCGGUUGUAAAAGUCUUUAGUGAAGAUGGGACAUGCAAAAUGGUGGAGAUUCUUGCAGACAUGACAUCCAGGGACUUCUGCCAAUUGCUGAUUUACAAAAGUCAUUGUGUGGAUGAUAACAGCUGGACACUGGUGGAGCACCACCCUCAUCUAGGAUUAGAGAGAUGUCUUGAAGACCAUGAAGUGGUAUGGCACAUUCAGUCCAUGAUGACAAGUGAAAGCAAGUUUCUGUUUAGAAAGAAUUAUGCAAAAUAUGAAUUUUUCAAAAAUCCUGUGAAUUUCUUUCCAGAACAGAUGGUUGCAUGGUGUCAACAAUUAGAUGGUAGCAUCCCCAAAUCUGAAUUACUGCAGAAUUUUUUGAAUGCCAACAGCUGCCCGGAAAUUCAAGGUUCUUUGCACGUUAAAGAGGUUGGAAAAAAGUCAUGGAAGAAAGUAUUUGUGUGUUUGAGGCGUUCUGGUCUGUAUUGCUCCACAAAAGGAACAUCAAAGGAGCCAAGACACUUACAAGGAAUAUCUGAUUUAGAGGAUAGCAAUAUUUAUUCAUUGAUAUCUUGUAAGAAGCUGUAUAAUUCACCAACAGACUUUGGAUUUUGUGUCAAGCCCAACAGAGUCCUAACAGAUGUUAAAGAGAUGAGAUUUCUGUGUGCAGAAGAUGAACAAACUCGGACAUGUUGGAUGACUGCUUUCAGACUCUUGAAGUAUGGCAUGCUGCUUUAUCAGAACUACAGAAUCCCUCAACAGAAAACCUUGCACACAAACUUCUCUGCACCAAGAAGUGUGUCAGAAAAUUGCUUAGUUGCAAUGGAUUUCUCUGGGCAGACAGGAAGAGUCAUUGAGAAUCCUUUGGAAGCGCAAAGUGCUGCAGUGGAAGAAGGUCAUGCUUGGAGGAAAAGAAGUUCACGUUUGAAUGUUUUGGGAAACCAAAGUCCACUUCAUCCUUCCACACUCAGCACAGUAGUUCAUAGAACACAACCUUGGUUCCAUGGUAGAAUACCUAGAGAAGAAUCACAUACAAUCAUUAAACAACAAGGGCUUGUGGACGGCAACGCCCUGACAGCACCUGGACCAGUGGGAGAUCGUGAUUUUGUUCUUGGGAGUAGACUUUUUCUCCUUCGAGACAGUCAGAGUAAUCCAAAGGCAUUUGUACUUACGCUGUGUCAUCACCAGAAGAUUAAGCAUUUCCAGAUAUUACCUUGUGAAGAGGAUGGGCAGAUGUUCUUUAGCCUAGAUGAUGGCAAUACCAAAUUCACAGAUUUAAUUCAACUUGUUGAGUUUUAUCAGCUAAACAAAGGAGUACUGCCAUGCAAACUCAAAUACCACUGCAUCAGAGUGGCCUUAUGACCUCCAAAAAGACUGUUUGAAUAAAGUGGAACAUUAACUAUGGGGUGGGCCUUGGUCCUAAUCGGGGGGGGGGGGGGGGGUGGCUUGUGUUUUAACAUGCACCUUGUGACUCUGGAUCAAUCAGCUGGUGCCAUCUUAUCCCAAUUAGCUGGUUUCUUUUCAAUACUGAUUUUUUUUCUUUCUGCAUCUCUAAAUGGAAUAGGAUAAAAUGUCUUGGAAAUAAUAUGGGAAACAUCUUCAGUUUUUGUAGUUAGGGCUGCUCACCAGAUACAAGCCUCGAACAACAAUCUUUGUAUUGGUUGGGUUGGUGCGGGAGAUAGUUUAACAAGUGGGAGGGAAAAAAAAUGGACUUUUGAUCUGGAGUAAUCUUGACAAUUAAGACUGAUCUGUUUACUUAUUUUAUUUUUUAUUGAAAUACAUUUUUGCACUCAUCCAUUUUAAUAUGGAUUACAGCCUUUUGGAAAGAGCUGGUUUGGCAUUUUAUGUUAAGCAGCAGUUGCUGUGCUAGAACAUGAAAUGCUACAACCUUAAAUGGAUUUACUGGGAAUAAAAUACCGUCAACUAUACUUAAAGGCUUGUCUCCUGCCACCUGCAUGCAUAUUUUGGAGAACUCAUCUGGAGAUUGGAGGAACUUAUUUCCAUUUUCUCACUCACCAAUAAGCAAAAAUGGCUGUUAUCUGUCCUAAUAAGCUUGAGUCUGUAAGUGAUAACUAUGCAUAAAUGUUUGAACUACAGUUUCUUUCCACUUUAAAUCAAGCCUAUCUUGUUUUAUCAGGAAAUUGCUGUUAUGAUGCAGUACAGGCAUAAUGGCCUCAAUCAUUGAAAUUGUUUUUUGGCCAUAUUGACAUAGAACAGGAUAAGUAUUGUGAAAAUGAUUGUCUACCUAGGUUAACAAAGUUUCUUUGACUUUAUUUGCAUCCAUUUAUAUUUGUAUUUAUAGUUUUUCAGACACCUCUGAGGCUCCCAUUGCCAAAGAGGAAAAUACAGUUACUCAAACGACGCUCUCGUUGAUAUAGAAAUUUAAUAUAAUAAGACAGGAUAAUCUAGGGUUCAAGGUAACUAGAUCUCAUGUUAAUUUCUGUUGACAGAAGAGCUACAGAAGAAUUCAAUGCAAGACUACAGUAUUUCCUUGAGAAACACUUUUGACAAUAAAAAGCUUUAGUAAAACAUAUCAGCUAUACCAUGCAACUACAGUAUAGAAACACUGUAUUUUAGAUUAUGGAACACAUUGUCAUUACUUUAUUCCAUGUAUUUGCCUCAUAUAAAAUGAAGAAACUUGAUUUUAUGUUGUUUUUUUUCUUAUGUACAGUUUUUUGUAAGUUGGUCAGAAUGCCAUGUCAAACACUGGCAAAGUUUUAUUUUAUUUUUUAUAAAUUGUGGCUAAGGCAUAGAACUAUAUGCACAUCACUGAAAAGGAGGCCUACACAUAUGUGCUAUUUUGUUUUUAUUUAGGUUGGCAUGAGUCAAAUGAGUUGUCCUUGUUUUGUUGUGCCUGCAUGUUUUGUUGUAGUGUUUUUUUUUUUUUUUUUCCUGCUUCCAGAAUUAAAGGGGUAUUCCAGGGAAAAAAAAAUUUAAGAUCAACUGGCUCCAGAAAGUUAAACAGAUUUGUAAAUUACUUCUAUUGAAAAAUCUUAAUCCUUUCAAUAAUUAUCAGCUGCUGAAGUUGAGUUGUUGUUUUCUGUCUGGCAACAGUGCUCUCUGCUGACAUCUCUGCUUGUCUCGGGAACUGCACAGAGUAGAAGAGGUUUGCUAUGGGGAUUUGCUUUUAAACUGGGCGGUACCCGAGACACGUGUCAUCAGAGAGCACUUAGACAGAAAAUAACAGCUCAACUUCAGCAGCUCAUAAGUACUGAAAGAUUAAGAUGUUUAACUAGAAGUACUUUACAAAUCUGUUUAACUUUCUGGAGCCAGUUGAUUUAUUAAAAAAAAGUUUUUUCCUGGAUAACCCCUUUAAAGGUCUGUUCUCAUCUGUGUUCUGGAUAAAUUUUCCUUUUUCUGUCAUAAGAGCACAAAAACUGAAUUCAAAGUAGUUACAGAUCCAUCACACGAUAAAGACAAAGUGUAUCAGUCAGACCUCAGUGAGCUAUACUGGGUUUUGGUCAGGUUCAGCCACUGUGUCUUAUUGUUUUACUGUAAAAAACAAAAUAUUGCAAUGCAUUCUGCACUGUGUUUUUUUUUUUGUUUGUUUGUUUUAUAUUCAUCAAAUGUAACCAGAAACUAAAAUGGAGUUUCCAGCACAGAUGGGACCAGUGUUUAAAGAGAACCGUAGUUAACAUCCCAAAAAUUUAGAUUUUUAUGGUCAUUAAUUAGGGUAAGGUGCCCAAAAUACGUUCCUUUUUAAUUUCUUGGCAUUCCCUCCUGUUUCCAAGAUAAGUUGGCUUGUAGUUUCUGACAACCAGUUAAUCAGCAGAUGGAUGUGAACAUAAUUUUAUUCAUGGGAGUAAAUAUCGACUGAUGGAUGGGAUCAUACAGUCAGAUGUAGGGGUUAAUGUUUUUUUACAUUGAGGAGCAUGUAUUAGGGAUAAAUACCCCCUGACAGUAUAAUGCCACUCAUCACCUGAUAUUCACUCCAAUUAUUAAAAUUAAAUUGGCACCCAUCUGACUAAAUUGUCAAACUAUAAAUCCACAUAUCAAACUGUAGAGCAUUUCAAGAAACUGUAAAAAGUUGUGUGAUCAUUCACUGACUGUCCAAUCUAACUUUGUGUGUCGGGCGGGGGGGGGGGGGGGGGCGUU